AAUGCAUGUGAAUAAAUGUUACAUAAUGCGGUUCCUGGGUGUAACCUGGCUCGUCUUAUGCAUUGCAUAUUAUCUACACACAUUCAUGUAUCUUUCAUUCGUUCAACUGCACCACGAGGCUUGUCCAGACGUUCUCGGUGGCAUGACGUCAGGCACGUGGAAAACAAGAGAGCUGACGUCACAAGAGCAGACCGAAAUUGAUACUUAUAUCAAAUUCAGCAGAAAAUAUUUAAAGGACAACUAUGAAAAGUCUGACUUAAAAUGUGGAAAUCUAACAUACAAAAACACUCGUUUUUAUGUGUGGUUCCGUAUUUUGUGCAACCCCAAUGGACCAACGCCAUGUUGUUUUAAAUACAGAUGUGAGAACAAAACUGUUGAUGAAUGUAGGGGUCCUAUGACCUUUGACCUCCGAAAUCGCAUUCACGCUGAAUACUCAAAAUGGCAACCGAUGGACAAGAGAUGUCCUGUGAAGUUAUUUGACUCUCAGAGUGCCUGUAACUUGCUGAAAGGAUCAACCAUCUACGUCUUUGGAGAUUCAUUAAUGCGACAGUUUUACACAUCUUUGUUAAUGAUUAUACGUGGUGACUUCAAGACAGGCGCCUUAAAAGCAAACACUUCUGAAAAAAAGAGAAAACAGUGUUCUGGGAUGUACAUUUACAAUCACUAUGGAUGUAGUAGAUACAUCGAUUUCCAACCUUCAGUUUGUAAUGCCAGUCUCAUAUUGAAGUUUAGAUACUACGCUUCGGUGAAGUCAAAUCAAAGCGCGUUGCAUGACGUGCUUCAACUCAAGGGAAAGAAAAAGUCCAUGGUCGUCCUAGGAAUCGGUCUUUGGGAUUACUUCAACUACUCCCUCAUUGUCAACGCCUACCUAGGCCCAAUAGUACAAGCUCUUGUUAAACCUAGAAACAGCAGCUACAACGGCUGGCCAAAGAUUCUGUGGUCGGCUGCCCAAAGUCUCGGGGUAUGGAAAUACCCUCAUGUAAAAACCGUGGACAACGUGCACGGAAAACAAUUCAAUGACAAAAUGGCGGCGUACUUACGUAACUUCAACAUUCCAAUCUUGAAUGCGUUUAAUAUGACGGAUGGUGUUACGAGUAUGGACGGAACACAUUACGGAAUUGGACUGAAUAUGUUGAAAGCUCGAAUCUAUCUGAAUUAUAUACAGGAAUUGAAAGAUAAAGGACUUUGGUAAUGUUGCCCAUAUGUAUGUAUGCAUAUCCACGUAGGUAGAUAUGCUCCACAGAUGAGAUUAACAUGGUUACUCUUUGACUGUACUACCUGUAGUUUGUCCCAACGGUUUCGGAAUGGGAUUAUGCGAAUUGAAAAGAGCACGAUUGCAAAGGUGAAUGUCUCAGAAGAGGUGCAGUCACCGUCGGAGAAACAGCUCUGUGGGUGCAUGCAAAUCAUGCAAAGGAACGCACUAAAAAGAAAACUACCAGGCAUACCCGCCUACGGAAGUGACGACGAGGAAGAUGGUGAGGUAGAAUCCUAUCUGAAAAAGGAUGCAGUCUUGUGAUACGUGUGGUCUGGUCUUUAAAGAUGGAAGCGACUUGCAGAGGCAUCUGCGUUUUAAAACAUGUGAGACUGAAAAAGAAGAGCUGUCGACCGAUUUGGAAAACGUAGGCAUACACCUCAUGGUGGAACGUGAAUUGAAAAUCAAUCGUGACUGUUUCGAAGGCAAAAAAAAAGAAGAAAAAAAUAAGAAAAUACCAAGAUGCCAUCGAAAACCCCCGAAUAUUUGGACAGAGUAGACGACCAUGAUACUGAUAACACCAGGGAUCUCGCUACAUGUCAUUAGCGAUGGCGGGCACGCCAUCUCUUAAGACUAAUUUCCAAUACGUCCACCAUCCAUUGACAGCGAUAGUAAUAUCCGCUAUCCGUUUAUUUAGGCCGCCAUCCAAAAUCACAAGUCAUGCCAUCGUCUUGAACUACCAGAGUAAUCAGGUUCAUCUUCGUUUACAAGACAUUUUCGAAGUACUUCUACCCUGCAAAUCUUAGUUACCAUCCCUUCCUAUAAGUGGAACCAGCUCUACCGAUUCCCUCCAUCCCUUUCCUGAAUACUGGAGAGACCACUGAACACGAAAACGAUGAUGAUAACAUUCACCUGUCAGUAUUACAAUGGAAUCAGAUUAAUAUAAUAUAUUUGUAGUGACUAUAUGUAGACCAGUGAUUGUAAUUUAGAAAUAAAUGAAAACACCAAACCCACAUUUCGCUAACCCAAACAAACUCCGCCCGAAUUGAUGGACGGAUGGGAGACAUAGCAACUUAGUUUUGUUUUUACUAAAACUUCACUUCUUCUGUAGCAGUGAUAUCGCAACCCCUUUAUCUUCAGUAGUUCAGCCACAUAAAUGUAAUCUCGAAAGGCAGUAAAAAAAACAGGAAA